AUGGCGGCGGCGGCGGCGGCGCUGGCGCGGCUCGCGGCGGCCUUCCUCCUCCUCGCGGCCCAGGUGGCCUGCGAGUACGGCAUGGUGCACGUGGUCUCUGAGACAGGGGGCCCCAAGGGCAAGGACUACUGCAUCCUCUACAACCCGCAGUGGGCCCACCUGCCACAUGACCUUGCCAAAGCGUCCCUCCUGCAGCUGCGGGACUGGACGGCCUCCAUGCUCUGCUCUCCGCCGGACCUCCCGGCCAAAGGCUUCAGCAACCAGAUUCCGCUGGUGGCGCGGGGAAACUGCACCUUCUACGAGAAAGUGCGGCUGGCCCAGGGCGGCGGGGCGCGCGGGCUGCUCAUCGUCAGCAAGGAGACGCUGGUCCCUCCAGGAGGCAACAAGACACAGUAUGACGAGAUCGGCAUUCCCGUGGCCCUGCUCAGCUACAAAGACAUGCUGGACAUUUUCAAGAGUUUCGGCCGAUCGGUGAGGGCAGCGCUGUACGCCCCCAACGAGCCCAUGCUGGACUACAACAUGGUCAUCAUCUUCAUCAUGGCUGUCGGCACCGUCGCCCUGGGGGGCUACUGGGCUGGGAGCCGGGACGUGAAGAAAAGGUACAUGAAGCACAAGCGAGACGACGGGCCCGAGAAGCAGGAGGACGAGGCUGUGGACGUGACGCCCGUCAUGAUCUGCGUCUUCGUGGUCAUGUGCUGCUCCAUGCUCGUGCUGCUCUACUACUUCUACGACCAGCUCGUCUAUGUGAUCAUAGGGAUCUUCUGCCUGUCCUCCUCCACGGGCCUCUACAGCUGCCUGUCUCCACUGGUCCAGAGGCUGCCGUUCGGCAGAUGCAGGGUCCCCGACAACAGCCUGCCCUACUUCCACAAGCGGCCUCGGGUCAGCUUGCUGCUCCUGGCGCUGCUCUGCCUGGCUGUCAGCGUGGUGUGGGGCGUCUUCCGGAACGAGGACCAGUGGGCCUGGGUCCUUCAGGACGCGCUGGGCGUCGCCUUCUGCCUCUACAUGCUGAAAACCAUCCGCCUCCCCACUUUCAAGGCCUGCACGCUGCUGCUGCUGGUGCUCUUUGUCUACGACGUCUUCUUUGUGUUCAUCACGCCCUUCCUGACCAAGAGCGGGAACAGCAUCAUGGUGGAGGUGGCCACCGGGCCCUCAGACUCGGCCACCCAUGAGAAGCUCCCCAUGGUCCUGAAGGUGCCCAGACUGAACGCCUCCCCGCUGGCCCUGUGUGAUCGGCCCUUCUCCCUCCUGGGCUUUGGGGACAUCCUGGUGCCAGGGCUGCUCGUGGCCUACUGCCACAGGUUCGACAUCCAGGUGCAGUCGUCCCGGGUCUACUUUGUGGCCUGCACCGUGGCCUACGGCCUCGGCCUCCUGGUGACGUUCAUGGCGCUGGCCCUGAUGCAGCGCGGCCAGCCCGCCCUCCUCUACCUGGUGCCCUGCACGCUGGUGAUCAGCUGCGCCCUGGCGCUCUGGCGCAGGGAGCUGGGCAUGUUCUGGACGGGCAGCGGCUUUGCGAAGGACCUACCUCAGUCUCCGUGGACAGCGGCUUCAGCCGACGGUCCCCAUCCCCAGCCGGACUCAGACACUGGCCUCUCCCAGCCGCCUCCAGGCGAGGGACUGGCCAAGUGCCCCCUCCCCACGGAGCAGCCCCCAGUAUUGUCUGUGCCCGAGGAGACGGGGGCCGGGGCACCCACCCAGGACCCUGCGAGCCCAGCCAGCUGCACCCCUGAACCCACAGGCCUGGUUCUCUCCCACCACUCCUGCGCCGGGGGACCCGGGUCCUGGCCUCCCCGGGGACGCUGGCCAGCAGAGCCCAGUCCAGCACCCGGGCCCUGGAUAUCUGGACUCAGGACGCGGGCCCAGCUGGCCGGUUCGGACCUGCCUGCGGGUCGGCUCGGACCGAAAGCGGUGCCCAGUGUGAACGCAGGGGCCGCCCCGUCAGCCCCGCCUGGCGCUUCCUGCGGCCCGGCUGCCCGGGCCUGCGCUCCAGCUUCUCCGCCUGUUAAUAAACGGCCACGACUUGUUGAGCUCGGGUAGUGUCACCGCUUGGGUGUGGGUCUCUCAGACCACCCUCGUCGGGGCAGGUGGGUGCCAGGCUGCACCCUCCACAGUGGCUGUGUCUGUCAUGCGGGCUCCGUUUUGUUUUUCAGCUUAGAGGGACUGAGGGGGCGAGCACUCUCCCCUCGGCAUCUGCAAGUUCUCAACCCCGGCCUGGCCUCUAGCGACACCACCGGCCAGGCAGGCGCACUUUUUAUUUAAACCGCCCAGGAGCUUCUGGAACGUGGAGAAUAUUCUGGAACUGGCAUUUUGUCUUCUACCUCACCGACAGGGUUCUCCGAACGUCGUUGACAGAAAUGCCGCGGUGCGGCGGCCCCCUUGCCAUGGCUCGUGCCCGUCCACACAGCCUGCAGACUCAAGUUCAGAAAAGGCGCAGACCCCCCAGCUCUGUCCCGAGCAUCCGCUGCUCAGCGGUGGACAGCAGGCGUGGGGCCAGCCAUGAUCCACGCCAACAAUACCAGCGCCAGGCAGACUCUCGGUCCGUCGGCCAUGCUUCUCGAGGAGAAACGUUUAUUCCAGAAACAACCAGACGUCUUCCACCUGUUUUUGUGUGUCUCUUAAAGAAACAGGUGACCUGGGAGGGAGACCAGCUGGACCUGCCGGCCCCAGAGAGCCCCCGACUCCGGGGCCAGAGCGGGGUGCAGCCCUGGGCGGCCAGGUGUCGGGCCUGAGUGGCCCCCCUUGCACAUCAGCCCAUACCUUACUCUAAGCCAUUUUGUAUAUCAGUGUAACAGCCAGAAUCUCUCUCCAUCCUCUGUGUUUGACAAACAUCAAGGAAUUCAAGGCGGCUGUUAGUUCUUGAAGUUUCCAUUUGCAGUUUUUGCCUUGUUUCUGUUUGAAUCUUAACCGCAGCUUUUU